UUGCUUGGUUCUCGCGAGAUGUACACAGCAGCGCCCCCUCCUUGAUCUAAUGCGGAGAGAGGAAGGGAGGGGAGAAGCCUUUUCAAAUACAUUUCAAUAUCGCUACUGAAUAUAUAUCUAUACGUUUUUUCUCCUAAGAAUAAUUUGUGCAUAUGGCGUGGAUAUUAAAUUCGCAUAUUUAUCACGCGUAACACGUAAGACGCAUCCGAACGAAAGGAAAACGGUAGGAUAAAUCCUAGAAAGAAGCGAAGCGGCCUGUUUUUGUUCCUGAGGCGCAGCUCACACUGACAUCAAACGGGCAGCUAACUCACGGGGCUUUGUUACACCCGACCUGAAAUUACUUCGCAAGCAUGCACGGUGAAUAUCUGGCAGCCUAACGCACUGGAAGACUGGGUGCACAAAAAGCGGCCUGUUUUCUUUUUUGCAGCGGCAGCGCUAUGAAGAGCGGCGGACAAUAACAGAGUGACGGUGCUUGUGUGCUGUCGCUAUGACCUGAGGCUGAUCACAUGUGUGCACGACAAGAAUAAUAUAUAAACCUAUGGAGUAGCACUGCAAAUAAGGACUAAGUUCAUCCAGGAUAAGACGAGGAGGCAAUCUGUGCACUCUGUUUGAAUUUGGUGGUAAUUGCAGGCCCGGUGGGGUGAAGAGCGCCACCAGUGUGUUGUUGUUGAAUUAAAAAAAAUAAUAAUAAUAAUGCACGAAAUUGUGCAAAUGCAUCGCUGAAUGUGUUUUCAAUCGGAUCAGCGUGGAUGUGUUUUUAUCCGAUGACGACGAUGAUGAUUUGGCCGUAUUUCGUGCCGUGGAAGAGGGGCAAACGUUAAGAUGGAGUGGUUUUAAUGCAUGCGAUGUAACGUAAAGACAAGCGUAUCUGCUUAAAUCUCCCUUGCAUUUCACACUCGACGGAAUUGCACGCGCAGGUUAAUCGACAUUGAUGAUACGUGGGCUGCUGGCGGGACUGAAGCCUUGUACUGUCGCUCCUUCUCUUUUUUUUCCUCCCCGAACUGGAUCUGUCUAGCUCGACACUGCUGAGAUGAACCCGGUGAAUGCGACCACUCUCUACGUGUCAGCUUGUCGGUCGGUGCUGCAGUGCGAUCGGGACCCCCAGGCUUUGGCGGAAAUCUAUAAGCUCUUGCCUUUUUUCAGACAGUCUCUCGCCUGCCUUGUGUGUGGCAAUUUGCUACACGAUCCAAUCGCUCCAACCAACUCAUCGUGCCAGCACUAUGUCUGUAAAUCAUGUAAAGGUAAAAAGAUGAUGAUGAAACCAUCGUGCAGCUGGUGUAAAGACUAUGAGCAGUUUGAAGAGAAUAAGCAGCUGUGCAUCUUGGUGGACUGCUACAGAAAGCUUUGCGAGUACAUCGCAGAUUCUCCUCUCGCCCAGCACAUUUCAAGUACUGUGGGAGGGUCCCCAGACAUCCUGGCACUGUUGAAUGAGGGACUCUCAUUGGACAACAGACAGGGGGAGGAGUCACUCUCCUUGAGCUUGACAAACCAGUCCCCUACACCCUCGACCUCAGAAACGCUCCCCGAUGAGGGCCAGUCCCCAUCGACAGAGAUCAAGGAGCAAGACCUCAGUCCUCUAGGGGUGAACGGUCUCCAGGACUGCAACGGUUUGACCAACGUGGAGGAGUUGACCGCCAGUUUACCUUCACUAGAGGCCAGUGUUCCAGACUCAGUGGAAAGCGGGGUCGAGGCAGUGAAACAAGAGAGUUUCACAAAUGAGAUCCCUGUGUGCGAGGCAGUGGCAGCUGCUGGUGAGGAGCUUUGUACCAGCACCAUGGACAUUUGUGGCUUUGGCGAGGAUAUUAAACAUGAUGGCGGGACUCUCCUCUUGAGUGUAGAGGAAGUGCUCAGGACUCUAGAACCAGACCACGUUGCCCAGGAUGAGUGUCCUGCAAUAUUGCAGUCGACUCUCGAACCUUCGGCAAACUUGAAUGGACCAUUUGCAUCGGUCGACUCUGCUCGGCAGCUCUCCUCUCCCCCACAAGACUCGCAGGAGGUUUUUGUCCCCCAUCCACAACAUUUGGGAAUGUCCUGUUCCGCAGUAACACCAAGAAUGCCACGGUCCAACCGGAAGCGCUCACGGUCAGAAAGCGACAGUGAGAAGAUUCAACCCGUACCCAUUUCCACCUUCAUCCAUGGCCCCACGUUGGGAGCCUCCGCCCCUGUUCCAGUCAAGUGCGAACCUAAAUCUCCCACUCAGACUAUCCCCCACAUGGUGGCGGUGCCCAACGGUGGUGGCCUUUCUAAGGUGGGCAAGGCAUUACUAGUGCCUGCUAAAACUGCCAAAAAGACCAUUGACAACCAUGGACCCAAAAAGGCAUACACUAAGUCCAAACAAGGCACUCCGAAAACGAAGGAGAAGACGAAAGAACGGAUUCUGACUAACGCCCUCAUUCCCGGGAGCCCCACGAAAGUGUUGUACAAAAAGGCGCAAGAGAAAAAGGGCUGCAAGUGCGGCAGAGCAACUCAAAACCCAAGUGUUCUUACAUGCCGUGGACAGCGAUGCCCCUGUUACUCCAACCGCAAAGCCUGUCUGGACUGCAUAUGCAGGGGCUGCCAGAACUCCUACAUGGCCAAUGGCGAAAAGAAGCUGGAGGCCUUUGCAGUGCCAGAGAAGGCACUCGAGCAGACAAGACUCACUCUGGGCAUCAACGUCACCAGCAUCGCAGUGCGGAACGCCACAGGUAGCGGCGCCAGCGGGAUGCUUAAUGUCUCCACGGCGGCUGGCUCACCUGUGGCCUCCUUCUUGGCUACGGGGCCACACGAAGACAAAGGAUUCGAUGAACCAUUGGACAUGAGGUUUGACUGAAUACCGGAUGAUCGCCCUGUAUUCCAAACCGACUUGCUUUCAGUGUGAGGGCACUGUACCGAGGGGCUGAUGCCAGCAGAGUCAGCGAUAAGGCAGCUACUGUGAUUCUAUUCCAGUUCACAUUAUCAAUUAAAUUAGUUAUUGCUGAAGCUCGUGCCUUAAAAUCGUUUGUACUGUUCGUUUUGGUUUUCUUGCACACCUUAAGAAGGAGCUGUGAGUCAGGAUACUGUAAGUCGAGGGUUUCAUUUGUAAAAGGUUUUAUUUUUUUAUAAAAUUAUUAUUAUUUUUUUUUACUUUUAAGUACAAGUGAUCUAUAAGGCAUGAUCUUUGGCAAGAUAUACCUGACCUCAUUGUUGUGGGUCAUGAUAUGUGCAUAUGUGGAAGAUUUUCAGUUUGUAGGUUAGAGGAUGAGACCUGUUAAAUGAAUGGUACCCUACAGCAUCAGUAGAGACUGGUUGUAUUUAUAAACAGUUUUUGUACACAGACUUAAGAAAUUCGAUUUAAAAAGUACAUUUUAUGAUAUAUUUUGUAAGUUACAUUAACAACAUUUGCAGUAUUUAUUGGGUAUCACUUAACAUUAGAUUACAGUCCACCCAGGGCAUCAGCUGGAUACCAUUUCUACAGAUGCAAGUCACACAGAUGCAGUAUGUAUGGUUUUUCUGUCUAAAUUAUGUUGUUGUCCUGAUUGUGCUAGUUUUUGCUGUCUCAAACUGUUAUUUUUUUUUCUCUUGGGGCAUUUAAAUACCUGUAAUAUAAAUGUAACAUAUUUCCACAAAAAAGAAAAAUCCCAACAACAUGACUCUUGUCUUUCAUUUCAAAAAUCACUUUAUCAUAGAAGUUGCAUUGUGUUUUUUUUGUUUGUUUUAAAUAAUUUUGUUAUAAAUCAUUAUGACAAGUUUAGAACGGUCAUUUGAAUGAUUAAUGUAUUAAUUAGUGUGACUAUAUAUUAUCCAAACUUGAAUGCAAAUGGAAUAAGCUAAACACAGCUGCUCAGACGUGAUGUUAAACAAUGGGUGCUGCAAACAAUUACAAGAGUGUAUUACAAUCACAACAAGACUUCGCAAUGAAA